AUGAAGCUUUUAGAGACUUCCAGCCAAUUUUCGCAAUUGUUGCCUCAAUUGGAGAACUGCAAAACCCCGCCGCUCUCUAACUCCGCCUUGACUGCAGCUGAAGAUACAUCGCGUUGGUCACGUUAUCUGCAAUUAGCGCUGGCCGCGCGUAUGCUGGAGCAUAAGUACGUUCUCGUAGGGGACAAUGCCACGCAGUUGGCAGCCGACUGUCUUUCGAGCAUCGCUCUUGGCCGUGGCGGCUCGGUGGCCACCCAGCUGGCGUUUUCAGAUACUCGCUACGGCAAUGUAACCUUCCUUCGGCCAAUGUACGAAUUUCUGGCCAAUGAGGUGGCCUAUUUCCUGCACUUUUCUGGUCUCACCCCGGUCAUUGAACCCACCCUGACUGUGCAGCAGACUCUAGCGCGGGGCCCCGGGAUCAACUCCAUCCAGCGACUGACCAGCGACUUUAUUAGCUCCCUGCAGCUCGGCGGGUUCCCCUCCACU